CAGCAUUAUUAGAAGGAGCAGGGAGAGCUAAAACCUUUUCAACUAUGUUUGUUUGGUAGAUUAUCAAAAAGAAAAUUUUGAUCCCAAUUUCCUGAAGGAGUCACCACAUCCUUGACAUGAAGAGUAAUGUCCACAUAAGAGUGACACGUAUUUGGUGUAGCUGUCAAAUAUUCAUGGUAUGAAAGUCCAUACAAAUAAGGAAAAUGCUCUGAUCUCCAUUCCUCUAACAACACAACUCAAUGGAAGACAAGGAAACGGUGAAGACGACGGUCCCAUGCACACAACUCACAGAUGUUGUCGUGUCCGGCGGGAAACAAUAUUCUUCUCCUAAUGACUUGGAGACCUUCUAUAUCAAACUCACUCGACUUUUAGACUUCGUUGGAAAACGUUUCAAUGUCCGAGAAACAUCUCUAGACUUGUACCUCUUUUACUUGGAGGUCACAAGAAGAGGAGGUUAUCACCAGGUUGGCCAAGAAAAGAAAUGGAGUGAAGUUGUUUCUGCACUAAAACUGGAAGGAAACAAUGCAACCUUAUGUGCUCAAGUUGAAAAUCUCUAUGGUUAUCUUCUUUACGAAUUUGAGAAAUUGUACUUCUACAGGUCUCCUGCAACUGGCACCACAACAGGUCCAGGCAAAAGGAAGCGGAACUCAUGCCCUAGUUUAUCUCAAUUGACGGACGAUGAAGAUUAUCCGAUGGCGGCAAAGAUAUCCAAGGACUACUCUAGUCAAAUUACAGAAGUGUUUCAACAAGCACCCUCAAGUAACAAAGAAAAGAAGAAACAGAAAGGUGCUCCAAGGAACCAAAGUGGUUACCAAAUAUUCCUCAAGAAGGAAUGUGCUCGACUGAAAGCUGAUCAUCGGGACAUUGGUGUCAGAAAACAAAUGGCUAUUGAUGCUUGGAAGAAAAUGUCAGACAUUGAUAAAAAGCCAUAUGUAGAGGAAAGCAAGAAAAUAAAGGAAAAAAACAAAGAAGCAAUGAUCAUUGACAUUAAACAGAAGAGCACCCAAGAUCUUAAGAGGGAUGAAAAGAGGCCUAAUGUGUGUGGUGACUACUAAUGUUGAACUUCACAAGCUCUAUCAAAUUACUCUUUUGUCAACAGUGCAGCAGCGGACUUGGCUUUCAAAAUGACAGAAAAAACAUCCAAGGAUCCUUUUUUUUGGUUUUUUUGUGUGACUCAAACCAAGCUAAACUGCUUUUGUGUAUAUGGUUGUGAAUAGAUAACAAUGUUUGCACUAGUGAAGUAUGUAUAUAAACUUUAUAUAUAACUAUAAAUGCUUGUGUUGUAAUGCAAAAUUUUGUUGCCAAUUUUCUAUUGAGUGAGGGAUCUUACUUUUUUAUUGAA